CCCUGGUUGCCUGCAUGGCCGUCAUCGCCGCUGCCUACGAGGAUGCCCACCCCAAGUACAAGUACGAGUACGGAGUGAAGGACUCGAAGACCCACGAUCACAAGAGCCAGUGGGAGAGCCGCGAUGGAGAUGUCGUCAAGGGACAGUACACCGUGGAUGAGGCCGAUGGAACCCACCGUGUGGUGGACUACGCCUCGGACCACAAGGCCGGAUUCCAGGCCCAUGUCCAGCGUAUGGGACACGCCGCCCAUCCCCACGGAGAGAGCUACGCCAACAUUGACCAUCAAAUUCUUUGGUUUCGAGAUCGGAUCGUCGUCCUAGUAGUGCUGCUUGAUGUUGGCGUAGCUCUCGCCAUGGGGAUGAUGGGCAUGACCCACUCGCUGGACAUGGGGCUGGAAUCCGGUCUUGUGGUCCGAGCUGUAGUCCACGAUGCGGUGCGUACCAUCGGCCUCAUCCAGGGUGUACUGUCCCUUGACGUGGUCACCGUCACGGUGCUCCCAGGCGCUCUUGUGGUCGUGGGUGUGUCCGUCCUUAACUCCGUACUCGAACUUGUAGCUCGGAUGGCUGUGGUAAUCCUCGACGGCCAGCACGGCAACGGCCAGGCAGACAACCAGGGCGGCGAUCUAAAAACUUCCAAAAUGUUCAAGAUCAUCGCCCUGGUUGCCUGCCUGGCCGUUGCCGCCCUGGCCUACGAGGACUACCACAGCCAUCCGAGCUACAAGUUCGAGUACGGAGUUAAGGACGGACACACCCACGACCACAAGAGCGCCUGGGAGCACCGUGAUGGUGACCACGUCAAGGGACAGUACACCCUGGAUGAGGCCGAUGGUACGCACCGCAUUGUGGACUACAGCUCGGACCACAAGACCGGAUUCCAGCCCCAUGUCCAGCGAGUGGGUCAUGCCCACCAUCCCCAUGGCGAGAGCUACGCCAACAUCAAGCAGCACUACUAGGACGGUGAACUGAUCUCGGAACCAAAGAAUUAGAACAAAUUUUUGAAAAUAUAUCGUUUCAAAUUGAA